UUUCCGGUGUGUGUGGAAAUAAAUUUUGUUUCGAAAUUUUUAGUAUUUCAAAAUCUAGAUUCGGCACGAAACAAAAUUCGAAAGUUCUAAAAGAAUAAUGGAGUACGGAAUUGAAUUUUUUGCCCUUGCCCUGUACACUUGUGCCCUCAUGCUGAGCUGCAUCGCUGGAUAUGUCCGUAGAACUUGGCCGAACAUGGGCCGCUUGUACCAGAACCAAGUGAUGCCUGCGGUGUUCGGAGCUAAGAUGACACUCACAGAGCUUAAAUACUUCAAUGCGACGCAGACAGAUGGCCGGACUAUAGUGGCAUUCGAGCGCAAGAUCUACCAUGUCAAGGGCGAUUCGGAGUGUGUUUCGGUCAGCAGCCUCCGCCAUGUGGCUGUGACGGAGUUUUGCGGGGAAAAACUCUUAGAAGCGAGGCAUUCUUGUAUCGGCAUCGCAAUCGAUCGUCUGGGCAAGCCCUUGCUCGUUGAAAACAAAAGAAACUUGCAGAAUGAAGAUAUCUUGACCGAUCAAAUAAUAUUGGAUUGCUUCAAAGAAAGAUGCAAAACUAAAUCCAAUGAAUACGUAAUUCAGAACGCUUUAAAUUCAGCUCAAACGCCGACAUACUUCUAGAUUAAUAAAAUCACAAAUAAAUUUCGGAAAUCGAAAUUAAUAGAUUAA